UUAGCUAUAAAAAGGUGAAGUCAACAUAACUAUGAUUAUGUACUGGAGCACAAUGAAAUCAAUAAUACUAUCAUUUGUGGUUUGUGUUCUAUUUCAUUGUUCGGUGUUGGCAGCAAAUGAAUCUCGCAUUCGAGUUCGAGCAUCCGCACCAACACCAUUCCCACAACCGUUGGAUGAAUCUUAUUCUUCAGAUCUAAAAAAAGCAAAAAGAACACCACCACCACCACCACCACCUCCUUAUAUUCCAAACUUUGACAUUUUUAUGUUGUCUGAAACAUGGCCAGCAGCAUUUUGCAAGAUUAAUACUUGUGCCAGUCCUAUUCCAGCACCAAUAAAAUUCAAAAUUCAUGGCCUAUGGCCGAGCAACAUAACCGGUCAGCAACCAGAACAGUGCAGCCCAGGCAUUACAGUUCCAACAGAUAUUGGAAUUCUUGGUAGCAUAUUGAAUAAGCUUAACAGUAAUUGGCCGUCGUUAAUAGACUCUAAAGAUCUAAUAGUGAUUCGUAACAAUAAACUUUGGCAACAUGAAUGGAAGAAACAUGGAAGUUGCUCUUACCCAUUGUUUACAUUCCGUGAAUACUUUGAGACGGGGUUAAAUCUUUAUGCUAAACAUGACCUCAUGGCUAUACUCGCCAGAGAGGGUAUUAAACCUGGAAAAUUUGUGUCUAAAGUUGAUAUUGUCGAUGCAAUAUACAAACAUAUCAAUUUUAAGCCACAAAUUCGAUGUGCACAAGAUACUCGCAAUACUAAUUAUUUAUAUGAAAUAAGACUUUGCUUCACUGUAAGCAAAACCCCCCAGUACGUGAAUUGUACGGCUCAAUACAUCAAUUGUGCUAUUGACCAAGUGUAUUACUGAUAAUUUCUUAUUACAUGAUAUGAAUAAACAAUUAAACUUCUUUUGAUUCA